GUGUGUGUGUGUGUGAGCGCGCUGCGCUUUGCACGUCGCUUUGCAGGAGCUUUCUCGGGACGCUGCUGAUGUCCUGAACGGGAUAGGGACCGAAAGAAGUCGCGCUGCAGCUGGACGCUCGCGCACCGGGAUUUAUAACGACAGAGAAAGACAGAGAGAGAAGGAGAAAGAGAGAGACGAGGAAAACGAGAAUGGAUUUGGUGAUGGCACGACAAUGAUCAUGGCCCUUUGGGCGGGCGUUCGGGCCGCUCUCCUCCGUCUGGCCCUUGUGUUCUUCCUGUCACCGCCUCCUCUGGUUCGCUGCCAAGGUGACAGGCUACGGCUUCAGUUCACACAGACGCUGUACCAUGUGUCUGUAUACGAGAACUCAGCAGCGCGGACAUACGCGGUCAGCCAGGUGCGAAUGGGCAUGGGUCUCCAGCAGCGCUCAUGGGAAGUGCGUUACAGAAUCACGGCCGGUGACGACGAGGGAUUUUUCAAGGCAGAAGAAUACACUCUUGGGGACUUCUGCUUCCUCCGUAUACGCACCAAAGGAGGAAAUGCUGCCAUUCUGAAUCGAGAGAUUCAGGAUAACUACCAGCUGACAGUCAAAGCAACUGUUAAGGGUGAAACUAUGGAGGCAUGGACCAAAGUGAGUGUACAAGUGCUAGACAUGAAUGACCUUAGACCUCUUUUUUCCCCAACAACUUAUUCGGUCACAAUUGCUGAAAACACACCAUUGCGCACCAGCAUUGCUCAAGUCACAGCCACGGAUGCUGACACAGGCUCUAAUGGGGAGUUUUACUAUUUUUUCAAGGAAAGGAUGGAACUUUUUGCUGUACACCCAACGAGCGGUGUUGUUUCUCUCAGCGGGAAGCUGAAUGUCGACACUCUAAACAGGUACGAUUUGGAAAUCCAAGCGGUGGACCGAGGGAUGAAGCUUUAUGGCAACAAUGGUGUCAGCAGCACUGCUAAACUCUUUGUCCAUGUGGAACGGAUCAACGAGCAUGCUCCCAACCUGAAUAUUGUGACACUAGCACCCAUUUGGGCUGAUGCUACACCAGCAGUGGCAGUGAUGACAGUUAAGGAUGCUGAUACAGGACUGAACGGAGAGAUUGAGGCAGUAAACAUUGUAGACGGAGACCCAUUUAAUCUGUUUAGCAUUGAAAGAAUAGAAAUAGACAAUGAAGGAGAGGAGGGAGGAUCUAAGAAAAGAUCAAGUGAGUUUGUCCUUAAAGCGCCUGAGCAUCUAGAGUGGGAAAGUUACCCUUUUGGACUGAAUCUGAGUUUGCAGGCAAGAGAUCAGGGAUCACCACAAAAAUCAUCAGAGGUUCAUGUAGUACAUCUUAAAAUCUCUCAUCCAAGCCCAGUAGAAGUGCGCUUCCAAAAGGAGGUAUAUGAGGUCAAUCUAAGUGAAAUAGUUCCCCCAAGAACCAUUGUAUUAGCAGUAAAACUUAAUCUGGAACCAGCUGAUGUUGAAUACAUUCUCACACCUUCUGCAGAUUCAGCGUUUUUUAGCAUCAAUGGUAUGACUGGAGUGAUUAGCACAUCGCGGUGGCUCACAAAGCUCACACAACGAGAUUUUGAGCUUGAGGUCAUUGAGGUUGGCAGUAAACUGAAGGCUAAAGUUCAGGUGCUGCUAGAAGAUGCAAAUGACAAUGCUCCAGUAUUUACACAACAGUCAUACGAAGUGUUUGUUAACGAAAGCAUCCCCGUUGGGACAACAGUUGUUGUGGUUACGGCUUUGGAUGCAGAUCAUGGGGAAAACAGUUAUAUCACAUACAGCAUGGCAAAUUUGAUGCCACUGCCAUUCUCUAUUCACCAGUUUAAUGGAGCCAUCACAACCAUGCAGGAAUUGGACUUUGAGUCGUCCUCUGAAAGCUUCAGCUUUGUAGUGAGGGCUUCAGACUGGGGUGCCCCCUACAGGAGAGAAAGUGAAGUGAACAUUACGGUGCACAUUGAGAACGUGAACGAUAACAAGCCGCUGUUUGAAAAAGUCGCCUGCGUCGGUGUGGUUUCUCAGGACUUGUCAGUCGGGGCGGUCAUCACUACGAUGUCUGCCAUAGACGUUGACGAGUUGGAACUUGUAAAGUAUAAAAUUAUCUCAGGAAACGAGCAUGGCUUCUUUGAUCUGAAUCCCGAUUCCGGGGUCCUGACUCUUCGCCGGUCUCUUAAUACUGCAAACCCCAAAAGCACAUUUAGCCUCAAAAUUACUGCCACAGAUGGGGAGACUUUCUCCGACCCUAUGUUUGUGAAUAUAUCCAUAGCACAGGGAAAAUCCCCACAGAAAAGUUUCAGCUGUAUAGAGACACAUGUUGCUCAGAGACUUGCAGAGAAGCUGCUCAAUAAGGCCAAAGCCAACAGCAAGCCCAAAAUAGAGGAAGGUUUCAUUGACUUGUUCUCGGUAAACCGACAAGCGCCUCAGUUUGACAAAUCCUUCCCUACAGAUAUCACCGUCCGUGAGGAUAUGGAAAUCGGCUCAAGUGUGUUCCAGGUGAAAGCAUAUGACAGCGACACAGGAUUUAAUGGACAAAUACUUUACUCUAUUUCCAAUGGCAACACAGACAGCAGUUUUAACAUUGGCACUCUCAAUGGCGAGAUCAGGAUUUUCUUGCCGUUAGACCGGGAAAGAACAGACCGAUACAUUCUAAACCUUACGUUAUAUGAUUUGGGCCAGCCACAGAGAGCUGCUUGGCAUCUCUUAACUGUCUACGUGGAGGAUGCCAAUGACAACGCUCCCCAGUUUCUUCAAGACAGUGGAUACCGAGCACGGAUUCCUGAAAACACUCCCAUUGGCACAGAGGUGAUACAGGUAGAAGCAACAGAUAAAGAUCAGGGAUCAAAUGGCGAGGUCCAGUAUUCCUUGCUCACAAGCUUCUCUCAGUUUGGCAUCAACAGCUCCAGUGGGAUUGUAUACGUUGCCGGGCAGUUGGACCAUGAAUACGCGCCGUCUUUCUUACUGAAAGUGGAAGCACGAGACCGUGCAGAAAGAAACGCUCAGAAAUUUUCUGUAACCAAACUCCAUAUCACACUAGAUGACGUCAAUGACUGUCCUCCUGCAUUUAUCCCGAAUGUGAUCAGUGCUCGAGCUCUCGAGGAUCUACCGAUUGGUACUGUUAUCGCCUGGCUCGACACUCAGGACCCUGAUCUCGGUCCAGGUGGAGAAGUCCGCUAUUCACUCGGUAGCAGCUACGAUGGCCGCUUCGAAGUGGAUGCGACUAGUGGUGCUAUUCGUUUAACAAAGGAGUUGGAUUAUGAGACUCAGCAAUUCUUUAACCUUACGGUCCGUGCGAAAGACAGAGGACGGCCAGUUUCUUUGCUAUCGGUUAGCUUUGUAGAGGUGGAGGUAGUAGAUGUAAAUGAAAACCUUUAUGCACCAUAUUUCUCCAACUUUGCUGUGAAUGCUUCAGUUAAGGAAAGUGCUCGGAUUGGGACAUCUGUUCUCCGAGUUUCAGCACGCGACGACGAUACAGGCAGAGACGGCGAGGUUCAGUACUCCAUCCGUGAUGGAAGUGGCCUUGGAAGGUUCACCAUCGACGAUGAGACAGGUGUGAUCUAUACUACAGAUCUGCUGGAUUGUGAGACGCAGGAUUCCUAUUGGUUGACGGUUUAUGCCACAGACCGGGGGGUGGUGCCUCAGUCAGCCGCACUGCAAGUCUACAUUCAGGUAGAGGAUGUGAACGAUAACGCUCCAUUGACCUCUGUCCCCAUGUACCACGCCUCUGUCCCUGAGAACUCUCCCAAAGACGUGUCAAUCAUCCAAAUCCAAGCCCAGGAUCCUGACGCUACGGCAACCGAGCCCCGCUUCUCGUUUCGCAUCACUAGUGGCAACCCACAAAACUUUUUCAGCAUCAACACACGCACCGGUCUCAUAACGACAACUGCCAGAAAGCUGGACAGAGAACAGCAGGCAGAGCAUGUACUCGAGGUGACUGUGUCAGACGGAGGACCCUCGCCCCGUCAUACCACCGUGUGGGUGGUGAUUCAAGUCCUGGAUGUAAAUGAUAACAAACCCAUUUUCCCAGAGAAGCUCUACCAGGUGCGUUUACCUGAGCGUGGGCGGAGACAGAGAGGCGGAGCCAUCUACCGCAUCUUCGCCUACGACGCCGAUCACGGUCCCAACGCAGAGCUCACCUACAGCAUCGUGGAUGGCAACGAAGACAGCAAGUUUCACAUCGAUCCCAAGUCUGGCCUGGUUUCUUCUCCCAGGAAGCAGUUCCCCGCCGGGACAUACGACAUUCUUACCGUGAAGGCGGUGGAUAACGGCCGCCCUCAGCGCUGGGCAACGGCUCGGUUGCAUAUUGAAUGGAUCCGUCGUCCACCACCAAGCUCGGUGCCGCUGGCUUUCGAAGAGCCGCUUUACAACUUCACCGUCAUGGAAAGUGAUAAAGUGGCUGAUAUUGUGGGCGUGGUCUCGGCCCAACAGCAGGGCUCCGCCCCCUUGUGGUUUGACAUCACAGGUGGGGAUGAAGAGAGUGAGUUUGAUGUUGAGAAGGCCGUUGGGACGAUCAUCAUCGCGAAAGCUCUGGAUGCUGAGCAGAGAUCCUUCUACAACCUCACAGUGGAGGUGACAGAUGGGACCAACACAGCCUACACACAGGUUCUCAUUACUGUGCUGGAUCAGAACGACAAUGCCCCGGUGUUCUCUCAGCCCACCUAUGAGGUCAUGGUUGCAGAGGACACUCCCCCGGAUACGGAGGUGCUACAGGUUUUGGCGUCAGAUCGAGACGAGCAUCAUCGCUUGACCUUUGCCCUGUUGGGCAGCGUGGACCCUGCUAGCAUGCGUCUGUUCCGCAUUGACGCAAACACAGGCCAUGUGUUUACCUCACAGCGCCUUGACCACGAGACAAACACACAACAUGUCCUCUCUGUCAUGGUAAAAGAUCAGGAGUUCCCGUACAGGCGGAGCCUUGCUCGUGUUCUCAUUGGUGUAGAGGAUGUAAAUGACCACACUCCCCAGUUUACCAUGGCGAUGUAUGACGGACAGGUAUACGAAUCUGCGGCACUCGGCUCUGCCGUCAUAACGGUAACGGCUUUGGAUAAAGACAAAGGCCAGAAUGCUCAGAUAAGCUACAGUAUAGAAUCAGGUAACACUGGGAACACAUUCCGGAUCGAUCCAAUUCUGGGAAUCGUCUCAGUGGCUCGGGAACUGGAGUUGUCCACCAUCGGUCACUAUGUGUUAAUUGUAAAAGCUGUGGAUCAUGGCUCACCCUCUUUAUCUUCCACGGCUGUUGUUCGCAUCGCUGUGACUCUCUCUAACAAUGCAGGCCCCAAAUUUCCUCAAAACGAGUAUCAGGCAGAGGUUGCUGAAGGUGUUGCAAUCGGAACUUCAGUAACCACUGUAACAGCCCUUAGCUUGUCUACACUAACGUACGAAAUCCGUCACGGUAACGGAGGUCGGACAUUCCGCAUUAACCAGUACAGUGGUGUGAUCACAACUCAAAAAGUGCUCGAUUUUGAGACGAUUUCUUCUUACAUGCUAACCAUCACGGCUACCAACAUGGCCGGCCAGUCAUCCAAUGCCACUGUAACGGUUGUCGUACUUGACCGGAAUGACAAUGCCCCUGUGUUCCAGCAGCUACAUUACUGGGGUGACAUUAUUGAAGGGGUAGGGCUGAACAGUGUAGUGAUGAGUGAAUCAGGCGAGCCUUUGGUUAUACGGGCAACAGAUGCUGACCGGAACCAUAACGCCUUAUUAGUGUAUCAGAUCCAAGAAGAGAAUGCCAGGCGCUUCUUUACAGUAGAUGCUGGAACUGGUUCCAUUAGAACCAUUGCUCAACUGGACCAUGAAAAAACACCAAUGUUCCAUUUUCACGUGAACGUAAGGGACAGUGGGCAUCCACAGCUCUCAGCUGAACAUCCUGCAGAAGUCACCAUCCAAGUGCAAGACAUUAAUGACUGUGCACCACAGUUUUCCCAGGAUUUCUAUGAAGCCAUUCUUUUACUUCCUACCUACGCGGGAGUGGAAGCCUUAAGAGUCUCAGCCUCAGAUCCUGAUGGAGACGGUCAAUCUGACCUUAUCUACUCACUCUCUGACACUAGUUUGGAGCACUUUGCUGUAGAGUCAAGAUCUGGUCUAAUCACAGUCCGAAACAGCACCUUUGGAAAAGACCGUUUCCGGUUUAAUGUUCGUGUAUCAGAUGGACGCUUCUCCAGCACUGCUCUGGUGACCAUUCUUGUGCGUGAGGCACUUGACAGUGGCCUGGCAUUCACACACAGCAUCUACAAUGCUAACAUUCAAGAGAACGAUGCUAACGUGACAACUGUUGCUGUAGUUACAGCACUUGGCAACAAAUUAAAUGAGCCACUACGGUAUACUUUGCUAAAUUCUGGAGGGAGGUUUAGAAUCCGUCCCACAUCUGGAGCUAUAGAGACAGUAGGAGUCCCCUUAGACAGAGAGGAGAACGAGGAGUAUGGACUUGUAGUGCAGGCAAGUCGAGAGGAAGACAGGUUGCGUGUUGCAAGGGCACUUGUUCGCAUACGUGUCGCAGACGUCAACGACAAUGCACCUGUUUUUGUCGGACUUCCAUAUUAUGCAGCAGUGCAAGUGGAGGCAGAGCCAGGGGUGUCCAUAUUUUGUGUCACAGCUGUGGACAGUGAUAAGGGUCCAAAUGGGGAAGUCAGUUACUUCCUGCAGGAUGAGCUAGGGCACUUUGAAAUGGACCGUAUUAGUGGUGAGCUGAGAUUACGCCAGUCCUUUGAUGCUGAUCUGUCCAGUGUGGAAUACCAAAUCCUGGUUUUUGCUCGCGAUAGUGGCACACCAUCCCUGUCCUCUUCUAUCACCUUCCCUGUCACUGUUGUCAACCGAGCAAUGCCUGUAUUUGACCGGCCAUUCUACACUGUUAAAGUGAGCGAGGAUGUGCCAGUAUUCACACCAAUUCUGGGAAUAAAUGCCAGCAGUCCAGAAGGACAGAAUGUUCUCUACACCAUCACACACGGCAACCCUGAUAGCCUUUUCUCUAUUGGAUUCGAUACCGGCAUUAUCAGUGUUAUUGCCCCGCUGGACUUUGAGGCCAACCCCAUCCACAAACUAAUCAUUAGGGCAACAGACUGCCUCACAGGUGCUAGAGCAGAGGUGGAUGUCGAGGUGACAGUUUUAGACAUGAAUGAUAAUGCACCUGUGUUUGAACAGCCUGUUUAUAAAGCAGUAAUCUCUGAAUCAGCCAUGAUUGGAACUCCUGCAUUGCAGGUGCAAGCGACAGAUAAAGACUCUGAGAAAAACGCAGCAGUUCGGUACCAGAUCAUACCUGAUCGCACCAACAGCACAGACCACUUCCAUAUUGACAGUAGCAGUGGCCUGAUCUUGACUGCUCGGUCCCUGGAUCACGAAACCAUCCAGCACUAUGUUUUCUUUGUCAAAGCAACUGAUAAUGGCUUUCCUCCUCUUAGCACUGAGGUGCAAGUCACAGUUCAGGUGACUGACACAAACGACAAUGCUCCAGUAUUCAAUCAACUACUUUAUGAGGCUUCGGUUUAUGAACUUGCACCCAAAGGGCACUUUGUCAUGUGCAUUCAGGCAUCUGAUGCAGAUCAGUCUGAUAUAGACAGACUACAUUAUGGUUUGGUAUUAGGUAACGAGCGAUUGCUGUUUGAUUUGGACUCUUCGUCAGGGAUACUGAGUCUAAGUGGACAGCGGCGCACACAGCGGAUGCCACCAACUGUCAGUCUGAAUGUGAGCGUUUCAGAUGGCGUUUUCACUAGCACAGCACAAGUUCAUGUACAUGUAGAGUGGGCUAACCUACAUACACCACAAUUCUCCCAGAGCAUUUAUGAAGCAGAGGUACGGGAGAACAUGCCAGCUGGUUCCAGGCUCUUGAUGAUUAGGGCUCAGGAUGCUGAUCCUGGACCGUUUGGAGAAGUGCACUACAACUUGCUCUCAGAUGUAGCCCGAUACUUGUUUAGUAUCGACAGCAACGGUCAGAUCACGACCCUGGAGAGGUUGGAUCGGGAAGAGCACAAUGAAUUUGUGCUGUCCGUUGCAGCAGUUGACACAGGAGGAAGAACUGCAUAUUGCCAUGUUCGGAUCGCAGUGCUGGAUGAGAACGAUAACGCUCCAUUUUUCGAUGCUUCAGAGUACCGUGCUAGCGUUCGGGCAGAUGUGGAACCUGGCUCUUUGGUGACACAAGUACAGGCUUGGGAUGCUGAUCAGGGGCUCAAUGGAGAAAUCAACUACAGCUUGUACAGUGAAGCCAGUAUCAAGGUUACAGAGCUGCUAGAUAUUGACCCUGAUAGUGGUUGGGUAGUUACCAAGGGCAGCUUCAGCCCCCUCCAAGGGUCUGUGUUGUCCUUCUUUGUGAAAGCUUCAGACAGUGGUGUACCAGUUCGUCACUCUCUCAUUUCUGUGUACAUUCAUGUCCUCUCAAAGGAUGCCCACUUGCCAGUCUUCAGCCAACCACACUUCUCCUUUACAGUUCCAGAGGAUACUCCCAUCGGUUCAACACUAGGUGCAGUGCAUCUACAGAGUCAGCAUGGACAGAACUCGCUACCUGUCAGUUUCUCGGUUGUGACUGGUCAGACUGUGGAGAGUAAUAGCGAAGGGGUUUUUGUUGUGGACAAGGGUAGUGGGGUGAUAAAACUGGAAAAGCCACUGGACCGUGAACAAACCCCUGAAUUCCAUUUUAAAGUGAUUGCAACUCUGCAGCAAGGACUCAUUGAUUCAGUUGCUGUUGUAGAUGUGGAUGUAAAAAUUCUGGAUGUAAAUGACAACAAGCCAGCAUUUGAGUCCAGCUCAUAUGAAGCCUCCAUCAUUGAGGGACUUCCUGCUGGCUCCAGGAUCCUCCAGGUGCUGGCAGUGGAUCCUGACUGGUCAGCCAAUGGUCAGGUGACAUACAGCCUUGCUCCACCUGGGCUUCUGGGAUCAGGAAGUGAGGAUUUGAAGGACAGUGGAAGCUAUUUUACAAUUGACAGCACUUCUGGUUGGAUUUCAACUCUAAAAGGCCUUGAUCAUGAACUAAACCCCGUCCACAGUCUUACUGUCUGGGCUUUUGAUCUUGGUGACCCUGCCAGUCUGUCAUCCUCAACUACGGUUGCCAUUGCAGUUGGUGAUUCUAAUGACAACAUGCCUGAGUUUCUUCAGCCUCACUACUAUGGCAGUGUGCGGGAAAGCGAUGCACCUGGAGAAGUAGUUGCUGUGCUGAACACCCGUGAUGAUGACAGCUCUCCUAGCAACCGUCAGGUCACCUACCACAUCACAGGUGGUAACCGUGGCGAUGUGUUCGCCCUGAGUUUACUUUCAUCCGAUUGGAAGCUCUAUGUGAAGCGGCCGCUGGAUCGUGAGCAGCAAGAGCAUUAUGUCAUCAACGUCACGGCAACCGACGGCCUCCACGUUGCCACGGCAGCCAUCCAUGUGCUCGUCACCGAUGCCAACGACAACAGUCCCGUGUGCGACCCGGUGGUGUACACCGCAUCAGUCUCUGAGGAUGUUCCUGUCGGAAAUCUUAUCCUGAGAGUGAGAGCGUCAGAUGCAGACACUGGCUCUAAUGCACAGCUGCAGUACUCACUGUCAGGGGGCGGAGCUGAGGACUUCACCAUACACCCUUACACAGGAGAGCUGAAAACAGCAACAUCAUUGGACCGGGAGAAAGUUGAGCGGUACUCGCUUGUUGCCAGGGCGACAGACGGGGGCGGGCUUUCAUGUGAGGCGACUGUUUCCAUCAGGCUAUUGGAUGUUAAUGAUAACCCUCCUCGAUUUGGCUCCGCCCACUACGAGACCAGCGUUUAUGAGAACACGGCUGCAAAAGCCCUACUCACGCAGCUAAAUGCCAUAGAUCCAGACCUGGGUGAGAGCCGGAAAGUAGUGUACUCACUAGUAGAUUCAGCUGAAGGUGUCUUUUCCAUCGAUAAGUGGACUGGUGUGGUGGCUCUGGAGAGGCCACUGGACCGCGAGGUCAAAUCCUCAUACCUUGUGGUGGUACGGGCGUCCGAUCUAGGUGUCCCAUACCGCCUCUCGUCUCUCGCCAACCUCACCAUCGCUGUGCUGGAUGUAAAUGACAACCCUCCGGUGUUCGAGCGGCGUGACUACAGUGCAACACUGGCUGAAGACGCAGCAGCUGGCACAGCAGUGCUGCGUGUCCAUGCGCACAGUAAGGACAUCGGUACUAAUGCUGACAUCUACUACAGCAUCCGGUCUGGGAAUGCACAAGGGCACUUCAGCAUUGAAACGCAUACAGGAGCAAUCGCCGUGUUUCACCCUCUGGACUUUGAGAGCUGUAAAGAUUACUUUCUCACAGUAGAAGCUCGUGAUGGUGGAACUCCACCCCUUACUGCCGUUGCCAUGGUAAACAUCAAUGUAACGGACGUCAACGAUAACGCACCAAUGUUUGGCCGUGACGUUUACAGUGCCAUCAUCAGGGAGGACGCUAACAUCGGUGAUGCGGUCGUCAAGGUGACUGCCGAAGACAUCGACAGCCAGGUGAACGGUGACAUCCUGUACUCCAUCGUCAGCGGUGAUCGCGAGAACCAGUUCUUCAUCGAGCCAGUGACGGGUCAGAUCAAAGUCAACAAACAACUGGAUCGAGAAACGAUUGCAGGUUAUGCCCUGUCAGUAAGAGCUCUGGACAGCGGAACUCCUUCCAUGUCUUCAACUGUGAUCGUUAACAUCGAUAUCUCCGACAUCAACGACAACCCGCCCACUUUUUCUCCAGCCAAUCACACGGCAGUUAUUCAGGAGAAUAAACCGAUCGGGACGAGCGUCCUACAGCUGUCAGUCACUGAUAAAGACGCCGCCCACAACGGCCCUCCUUUCCACUAUCGCAUCCUGUCAGGAAAUGAAGGGGUGUGGUUUUCACUGGACAGGGAGGGGCUUAUAACCUCCAAUCAGAUGUUCCGCAGGGCUGAGAGAACGGAGUAUGUCAUUCAAGUUGAGGCCCGUGAUUCCGGCAGGCCGCCUUUGUCGUCGACAACACUCGUGCAUGUGCGUGUGAUCGAGGAGAGUGUGCACGUGCCUGUAGCAUCUCCACUACACGUCCACAUUGUCACGGUUGAGGAUGAGUUCCCAGGAGGCGUGAUUGGACAGAUUCAUGCCACGGACCAGGACGCGUUCGAUAUCCUCACCUAUGGACACACUCACCAACAGAACAGUCUGUUUAAGGUAAACCCACGUGACGGACGCAUCAUCGCUCUUUCAGGUCUGGACGCUGGUCGCUACUCGCUGAAUGCCACGGUGACAGACGGCCGUUUCUCUGUGAGUGUGCCCGUGAGCGUGUAUGUGGAGUGGGCGUCGGCUUCUAUGCUCCGACACGCUGUUACAGUGCGCUUCGAGCGCGUCUCUCCGCAUGACUUUGUCUCAAGCCACCUCACUGCCGUCCGCCGCGUCAUUGCCGAUGCCAUGGGAACAGGGUCGUCCGAUACCCUGCAUGUGCUCAGUGUGCAGCCGGUUGAGACCACAGGCCAGCUUGACCUCCUAUUGGCUGUGGAGGCUCCAGGAGGUGGCAGCUUCCUGGCAGCAGCAUUGGUGAGCCAGAAGCUCAGUGCAGCACGGCGGCGGCUCGAACAGGUCCUGCGUGUUUCUGCUGUUCUGGAUAAGAACUGUUCAGGCCUGGAGUGUGGAGAGGCACGCUGCGAACAGACCAUCACACUCGACACACACGCACUGCUCACUUACACCACCAGCACCAGCAGCUUCGUCUCACCGCGGUUCCAACGGAGCGCACGCUGUGUCUGCACAGACAGCCGGUGUUCUGCGGUGUCAGAGGUGUGUGAGGAUGUGGUCUGUCCCGAUGACAUGCAGUGUGUGAAGACAGACAACAGCAGAGGACCGUAUGCCUGCCAAUGCCCACAAGGGAAACUGGGAGAGUGUGCAGGUCACACCUCUCUGAGUUUCUACGGCAACAGUUAUAUAAAGUAUCACGUGAUUGACAGCUGGAAGAACGAUGAGGUGAAACUGCAGCUCCGCAUCAGAACACUGCAGAGAAGCGGAGUCAUCCUGUACACACACCCCGCCCCCUGUGCCAUGCUGAAGAUGGAGGACGGCUGUCUCCAGCUACAUCUAGGCUGCUCUGAAGGUGGUGGAGUCCUCGCCAUCACCAGCCGACCAAUCAGCGAUGGUCGUUGGCAUCACGUGACUCUUGAGUUGGGUCGAAAUUCCACCUUUCUCUCAUUAGAUGACUGGACACAGCAGGCCCCGCCUUUGCCCCGCCUCCCUGGCCCAGAUUGGUCCAUUUCAAUGGGGGCACGUCUUAGUGACGGUUUCCAGGGCUGCUUGGACUCGUUGGCUCUGAACAAUGACGAGCUGCCGCUGCACAACAAACAGGCACCAGGAGUAACACGUACACGCUCACGCACACACACACAUGUGGAGGUGACGUCGCUGGGCGAGGUGACGCUCGGCUGUGUGGUUCACCAUGAUCCGUGUGCACACCAACCCUGCGCCCAUGGAGCCGCUUGCACCAGUCUUCCCAACGGAGGUUUCUCAUGUAAUUGUGGUCCUCUGUACACUGGGCGGCGCUGCGAGACCGAGAUCGGUGUGUGUGCACCAAACCCUUGCCUAAAUGCUGGAGUGUGUAAACCCAUCGGUAAUGCCUUCAUCUGCAGCUGCAAGAGGGGAUACACCGGCCUAACGUGUGAAGAGGAUGUAAACGAGUGUGAACGUGGUGAGCGUUGUGAGGGCGGAGCCUCCUGUGUUAACACCUUUGGGUCUUUCUACUGCAACUGCACCACACCAGGCUUUGUUGGUGGAGCCUGUGCCAUCCGUCCUCUCCUGGUCCCUGAUAUGCGCUCAGGCCCCGCCUACUUUGGACGGGAGGAGUUAAUUGGUGUGGCGGUCGUGUUGUUCCUGAUCAUGGCGCUUGUGUUCCUGUUCGUCGCCUUCAGGAAGAAAGUGUUUCAGAAGAGUUACUCACGCAAUGACCUUUCGCUUGUCCAGGACCCAGCCACGGCUGCCCUGCUGCACAAAGCCAACGGACAUUUCCCUCCCCUGCAUUGUGGCACUGGAGACCCAAUCAGCCUCUACACUGAGGGUGGGCGGGGCUUAUUGUCUGGCGAACCCAUCGGACUUUACACAGAGGGUGGACGAAGUUUAACAGGGCCACCCCAGGUUCCCGUGAGACCGAUGGCUUACACACCGUGCUUCGGGACUUUGGAGAAAAGGGGAGGUGAUAGAAAAGGGGUGGAGCUGACUGAGAUGAGCACAUUUAGACAGGGGGCGGAGUCACCGAGAGUGGUCAACAGUAUGACACGAAGGGGCGUGGCCGUGUGCAGCGUGGCACCCAACCGAUCAGAGUGUGAGUCACCGAGCAACAAGAGAAGCUGGGAAGAUGACGAUGGGAAAGUGGACAUGUUGGAGGAGGUCACGUGUUUUUCAGGCAGCAACAAAGGAAGCAACUCUGAGGUUCAGUCACUGAGCUCCUUCCAGUCAGACUCCUGUGAUGACAACGCUUCCAUAGUGACGGUCAUUCGACUCGUCAACGACGCAGUUGACACGAUCGAAAACGAAGUCUCUGUUAUGGAUCAAGGUCAAACCUACAGCAGAGCUUAUCACUGGGACACUUCUGAUUGGCUGCCGGCGACGAGGCUCUCCGACAUCGAGGAAUCAACGCCGGCAGACGUGGGUGUGGCUUUAGAGUCGGACUACUAUUUAGGUGGUUUUGAUGUUGACAGCGAGUACCCACCCCCUCAGGAGGAGGAGUUUGUUUCACGUGACCGAAUGCAGCCACGCCUUCCUGGAGAAGAUUACCUGCCAGACGCCACACCUGUCAGUCAGCCAGUUUCCACGGCGAGUACGCUGACGAGAGCACGCCCACAUUUCCACCCAAGCCAGUAUCUUCCUCCUCAUCAGCUGCCGCUUGGAUCCGAGGGGGCAGAGCUGAGUGCGUUCGCUAGCGUUGAUGAGCGUCUGUCAAUCAAAACGUCCUCUGUGUCCGAUGUCUCCGCCCCCUUUGGGUUUGAGGAUUCCGAAACUGGAGGAAGUUUGGACAGUUUGGAGGAAGGACAGAUGCAGCCAUACACACAACAGACUGAAGUGUGAUUUCCCCCAGUACACAAAAACAAAGACACACACCCCCACACACACACACACACACACACACACACACACACCAAGACUGAUGCUCCCAAACAGGAAGUCAUGCACAUGUUAGGGAAUCAUGUGACCAGAGACAUUUGUGACAAAUCUUUUGCUUAUGUUGUACUCCCUGUGUGUGUGUGUGUGUGUAUGUGUGUUUGUGUGCGUGUGUGUUUCUGUGUGUGUCAGUUCGACUUUUGUACAGCCAAACAGCACAAUUCCAACGUUUUUAAGACGGAUGUCUCGAUUCUUUAUUGCUUUGUGGGUUUCUUUGCACUAAGAUGCCAGAGUUCAGCGUACAGUGAUAUAAUAGAUCGGAUUUUAUCUCUCUUUCUGUCUCACUCUCUAUCUGUCCCUCUGUCUCACUCUCGCUUUCUGUCUCUCUUCACUGCAGAGUGAAAUGUAACUCUGUUUAACGUCUGCCCCACAAAUGGCACUAUUUUUCAAGCUAUCCAACAGUACUGGGAUGCUGUGUGUGUGUGUGUGUGUGUGUGUGUGUGUGCGAGAGAGAGAGAGAGACAGAAGGACAGACAGACAGACAGAAAGAGCGGGAGUGCGACUCACUUGUAAGUUUCUGUAAGAUAUUAAGACUGUAUUGUUCCAUUCAUUUGUAUAUCGGAAAGCCAUAUUGUAUGUGUGUGUGUGUGUGUGUGUGUGUGUGUGUGUGCGCGAAUAAAGCAAAAAAGUCGUAUUCAGUAUAGCUGGCCAUGUAUAUAUUACAUGCGAUGCACAGACUGAGAGCUGAAAAUGAAAACUCCAGAUUAAAACAAAACAAAAUGUUUGUGUGGAGGAAUGGAAAGAAAAUGAAUGUUAAAAAAAACACAGCUGUUGGUAAUAAUAAGGAUCGUGAUGAACGACAGAAAACCCCAAGUCUUUUAUUAUUGUUGUUUUGUGAGAUAUGGAAGGAAAGAAAAAGGGAUACAGAAGAAAAGAGGGACACAAAAGUAAGUAAACGAGAAAGAGAAAACUGCCAAUUCAAGUUUGGGAUAUUUUUUUGUUCUGUUUCAUCGACAGAAUUCACCUGAGCAAAGCACCAUGUCGGGGGGUUGGGGGGUGGGGGUGUUAGUUACCUGCCUCAGGUGAGACAGCAGACCCAUCAUGUCCAGAAAGUCCAACCUCUAUGAUGAUGACAUCAUCAAACACACCCAAGAGCUGCCGAUCGACCGUACAAACCCAGAGAGACAAAUGAAUUAAGGAAAAAAUCUGAAAAUGUAAAGUUAAAAAAAAAAACAUUUUUGGCCAACUUUUUUUUUUUUUUUCUGUUUCAAUCAAAACUCCAAAACACAUUAAAACAUUAGAAAAUUUGUCCCAUUUUUCGUUCGAAAACACGCCGAGAGCUGCCGAGUCAACAAACAAACAAACAAAAAAAGAUUUUUGAGGGAUUCGUUUUUGCUCAAUUUGUUCAUGUUUUGUUAGAAUAAUUCAUGACUCAGGAGCGUUAAUUAAACGAAAAUUUUAAUUAAUGAGAUUUGGCAAAAAACUUUCGGGAAACUAACAAAAACACGUCCUACAGAAACGUAGAAAGUUUUUCCUCAGAAAAUUUGAUUGAUUUAUUUUUAACGUAACAUUUUUGCUUCAUCGUUAAUUUCCUGUUUCAGGUGAGACAAAAAAAAAAAGAAUGAGAGAAAACUGAAUAAAUUAUGAAACAAUUCAGGAUGUUUUUUUACGCAUUUUAACGUUUCUCCUUUUGUUUUAAUUUCCUAUUUUAUAAAACUGAAAUCAACAGAAAUGUUUUUUUUUUUUCGUUUCAGUUACGUUUCUUAGAUUUGAUCAAAUCAUGAACACUUCACCUGUAAAAUUUUCUCAGGUGUGAUUUUAGGAUAUAAAAACCAAUUCAGACUUUUCUGGAUGGUGUCUGCUGACCUCUAAACACUUUCUAACUCAAGUUUUAUGGGUAAUUUUAAUUUUUUUACCUCAGUGUUUAACAGAAAAGGUUUGGGGUAGAGCGGAAGCGUGAGUCUAAAAUCAUUGUAUUAUUAAAAACGUCCUGUUUUUUGUUCGUUUUUUUCCAAAUUUUAGUCUCUUGACUCACCUGAGACGAGUCACAAACCUUUUCCAGUGGUUCGUGUCGUUCUUUGUGUGUGUUUGAAGGUGAAACAGAACAAAAGUGUCACAAAAUCUGCACAAUUCACAACCUACACACAACACACUUUUCCUGUGAAAGAUGUUGUACAGUGUAAAUAGUUUCUUUCGUUCGGUCUGUCGAAUACCGAAUAUUUUUUUUGUAGAUAUGAAAUUGAAUUGUGAGCAGGAUAAAGAUGAAGAUUACACACACACUGAUCACACACACAAACACACACACACACACACACACACACACGUUUGCAAAUCAUUCUCAGCGUUUUUUUUGUUUUGUUUGUUUUUCUUUGUUUAAUUCGCAUCUCUGUAGAAUCAUCAGCUUCCCUU